AAGCGAUCUGCUCCUGAUCAGUUUAUGCGGCGGGCUGAAGCAGUUAAUCAUAUAAAGCCUAUUCGAGAAGAGAAAGCCAAAGAGAAAGAAGAAGAGACACUUGAAGGGAUCUUUGACUUGGCUGCAAAACUCAAAGAAAAGAAAAAGGCGGCAGCAGAGCCUCUGGAGCUGCAGGUAAUGCAGCUGCCGGAGAUAGAAGAAGAAGCAGCAACAGAGUCAGAAGAAGAAGAAGAAGAAGACAGAGGUGUUUAUCAUAAAGAUGUUGUUACAGCCCCACAACAAACAAACGUUACGCAGCCCAUCGCUCAUCCCGUUGCAAUAGAGGGUAAGACAGAAAAGGAGACACUGAAGGAGACACCACUUGAGGGGGCACUGAAGGAGAUAACAAUGGAGGAGACAGCAGCUGAGCAGACACUGAAAGAGAUAACACUUAAGGAGACACUCAAAGAGAUAACAUUUAAGGAGACACCCCAGGAGACAGCACUUGAGGAUACACCGAAAGAGAUAGCACGCGAAUGUGCUGUUGGAGACACUCUGCACUUCCGCGAUGACUCUCCCUACCAAAGAGAAUUCCCUGUAAACAGAAUAGAAUGGGUGGAGAGUCUGUCUGUUGGGGAGACAACUCUCUUUAGCAUUGCACCUCUUGCUGAGGGGCUGAGCGACACCCCACUGACAAUACCACCGGACCUCCUAGGGAAGUACAUUUGCGUAAAGGCACACAGACGCGUCGAGGAUCAACUGGCGAGAACGCAAUUUGGUGCUGCUGAAGAUGGGGCGUACGAUCAGCACGUAGGGGGCCCCCGCAACAUCAGGACGGAGCCCCCUAAGGUUUAUGUCCCUGUUGUCUCUACUUGCAUUGCUGGCCCCGUGCUGCUAGCAGAGGAGACAGCUCUUCUUAUUCUUAAAGCCCUCGCCAGAGGAGGCUUCAGCUGCGCUGUCAAGCUCAGAGAUGUCCUUGAUUCCGCUGAUCGCGCAGUUCCUCUCGAACAAGACCCUGUGAAGGCCGCGAAGGCCAAACACAAAAUUCCCGCUACCCUCAUCGUAGAUGGAAGCGUGCUGGAGUUGCGUUAUUUAAAGGAGUUUAUAACAACUGACAAAGACGGAUGCAUUCGGCCCAGCCACAUAAAAGAACCCACAAACGCAGACUUCGCCACCAUUGAACGAACACUCGACUUGGUCUCUGUGCGGCCAUCGACGGGACCGAAGACGCUCGUCGUGGCUCUGGAAUUUAAAGAGUAG